AUGAAAAAAAAUCAAAAUAUACGAUCUUUGGAAAUAACCCAUUUGCAAACCGUGAAAAACCCUCAGCCCUCUCUCAGCUUCCUGCCUCUCUGUGCGCCUCCGCCUUCUCCAUCCUCACCACUCUUCCGCCCUCAUCAGUCGCCCCUCACCCUUGCUCCGCCCUUACUGCUCCCUGGUGUUGUCUACCGCCGUAAAGUUAGAAAGAGGUAG